AUGUUAUUAAAACACUUAUCGUUAACAUCGAUAAGUAUCGGCUAUUAUAUCGGUAAUUAUUAUCACUAUUAUAGGCAACAACAACACAAACAAUGGCCAACAAUAUCCAGUGGCCGACAGCAGUGGCCAUCAAUUUUAUCUACCGAUUCAUUAUCAUCAGCAUCACUGAUUGGACAGUUAUUUCCCGCACCCGUACGGACCACCUAUACUAUGAUUGAUGACAACAAUCAGGCAGCUAUCGACAAGCUAUGGUCAUUGUCGGCACCCAUGUAUGUGGCCAUCAGUUGCCAGUUCGGUAAUCGGGAGGACAGGGAAACUCGUCAGACGGGUUGUAUAGUUCAAUCACAUACUGUCCAGGGACUGGGAUGUCGUGUCCGGGUAGUCAGCUGCGCACACGGUGUCUACGAUAACCUACAGGUCCGAGCCUACGGUACACGAUUGGGACUGGCCGAUGAUGGCCAAUUAGGUCGGGUAGUCUAUAUGGACCCGAGGCUAGAUAUGGCACUCAUUGAGCUCAGGGUGGUUGCCAACCAACAGCAACAGCAGCAGCCGAUUCUCAAUAUACCGGCCUUUCAGUUGACCGCCGAAUCUCUACCCGAAUUUGCCGAUCCAGUACUGGCCAUUGGAUUUCCGACCGGACGUAACAAUCUGUGUACGGGUAUUGUUUGCUGUCCAUUAGGACUACCCGACCCCAAUGAUAGACAUUUUACAGCAGCAUUGCCGUCUACUACAAGUCCCGAUGACCACCACCAACAUCGGGCAUCGGUAGUAGGUCAGCCGGGAACUGUCGAUAUUGUACAUUCGGCUCCCAUUCAACGCGGCUAUUCAGGCGGACCGCUAUUGUCUACCAACACCGCUAGUGGCCAACUGAUCGGUAUUAAUCAUGCAAUUUGUAUAGAUAUUGGACACGCCUUUUCUAGCAAUUAUAUUAGCGAUUUUUUGAAAAGUGCCGACACCUAUAAGCAACGGGAGUUUCAUAGGCGUCGGUCAGAGCACCGGCCGAUUAGAUUAGGCUAUCAGUUCGUAUACAAUUUGAAUUCAAACUGUUGUCUGGCCGAUAAAAUUGUCGACACCGGUGCCAGUAGAAAUGGUUCACUGAAACCCGGCGAUCAAAUUGUUAGACUAAAUGGUCAGCCGAUUGAAUCAAUGGUACAUUUACUUCGACUACUGGAUAACUGUCCAAACAAUCAGCCCAUUAGUGUAUCGGUAAUAUCACGACUGGAGGCCAGUAGUCAACCACUAGAUGGUCGCCAAUCGGCUGAUAAAUCGAUUCAAUUGUUGGCAACUGGACUGACCUAUGUUUAGAUGACGGACACACCCCCU